AUGAGGAAAGAUGGAUUAAAUAUAUCAGAAGUUGCUUCAGAUCUCAUUCUGGCUUAUAAAUAAUUGACAAGCUAAUAGGCUGAUAUAGUGAUAUCUCCUAAAUAUGAGAAAACUGCAUUGUAUUUUCCUUAAUCACGUAAACUACUUAAUUUAAAUUUCUCAGCUAUUGAAGAACAAAUUGAAGAAGAAAAUCAACAGGACAGUCCUAGAAAAAUUGUUAUUGAGAACGAAGAUGAUUAUUUGAAAGAAAUUAGUGAAUUAAGAAAGAUUGUAGAAUAAAUGAGAAUGAAGUACAUGAACAUACCAGAAAAGUAUUCCUCAUAGCCAUUUCAAUCCACUAAUCAAAACAAUCACAAUUAUACUUCAAUUUCGCCUAAAAAGAAUACUAAAAAGCAGAUAGUAAUUACUAAAUACUAAACCGACUUUUUAAGACAAUAAUAUGGGAAAAUAUAAUGA